AGGCCAAUGUGCUUUACUACAUUUAUGCUAUGCAUAAUGCAAGGUGAUUUGUCAAGCAAUUGACAGUCACCUGCAGUUGUACUAAUUGCUGGUUAGUUGCCAUGCCAACGUUUCCAGAGUUCUGGGCCUACGGGCCUAAUGUUUCCAUAGUUCUGGGCCUAAUGUUUCCGUAGUUCUGGGCCUUAUGAUUCCGGAGUUCUGGGCCUAAUGUUUCCAUAGUUCUGGGCCUAAUGAUUCCGGAGUUCUGGAGUGGCUUUUCAGUAUUAGAGGGUGUAUUUCCAUACUGAACCGCUGCCCAAUUUUUUAAAACCUUGGUUUAUUUUAAGUAACAUGUCUUAUUUUCCUCUUGAUGAGACACCAAUGUAAAGUUAUGUACAAUGCAUUUUGUGACUGAUUGAAAUAAGACCUAUUCUGUAAUAACAUUAUGGAUUACUUUCAGAUAAAUACCAUUUUGUGCUGAUAUUGAUUGGAAAAUACUGUCAUAACAUGCCAAAAUCUCUUAUCAAUAAGCUAACAGUUGGUGAUCAUAUCUGUGUGCGUAUACUCCUAACCAAUGGGAAUAGUGACUUGGAAACACACCUCCAACCCACCUCCAGAAAUAGCGCCUGAUAUCUACCUCUGUCACUGUAGAAACAACAGCCCAAACUCAGGGUCACAUACCUGUACUACCAUUCACCAGGAUUGCUUUAAUGUUUGCAUAUUCUCUUGAGACCUAAUUAGUCUAUGAAUUAUAUUGAGCUGCAAAAAGAGUUAAAUGCUAUUGGCCGUGUUAUUGCAUACUGCGGAAAUGGGAGGAGUCUACUGUGGUAUAAAAGGCCUGCUUCCAGGUCUCUCUGGGCUAGCAUAAUGAAGAUGCUGGGGAUUUUGGUUGCUGUUGCUCUGUUUAUGGGACCAGCCUCAGCCGCCACUCUUGGAGUGGUGUAUACUGAGGGAGGCAUGGUGGAAGGGAAUAACAUCAAUACUGAUGGACUAUUUCGCACCAUGGACGUCUUCAGAGGCAUCCCCUUCGCUGACAAGCCCGGAAAGUUUGAGAAGCCCAAGCGUCACCCUGGCUGGGAUGGUGUUCUCAAAGCCACUGAAUUCAAACCGAGGUGCAUGCAGGUGACCUUGCUCCAAAAUGACGUCCGAGGCCAAGAGGACUGCCUUUACCUGAACAUCUGGGUCCCUCAGGGCCGUAGUGUGUCCACUGGUCUGCCAGUAAUGGUUUGGAUCUAUGGAGGUGGUUUCCUGGUUGGAGGCUCGAGUGGCGCCAACUUUCUCAAUAACUAUCUGUACGAUGGGGAGGAGAUCGCCAACCGGGGCAAAGUUAUUGUGGUGACACUGAAUUACCGUGUGGGCACCCUGGGCUUCCUCAGCUCUGGAGAUGUUAGUGGACCUGGUAACUAUGGUUUGUGGGACCAACAUGCUGCCAUUGCCUGGGUGCAUAGGAACAUCCGUGCCUUCGGAGGAGACCCGAACAACAUCACCGUGUUCGGGGAGUCUGCUGGCGCUGCUAGCGUCAGUUUCCAGACGCUGUCUCCCCAUAACAAAGGGCUGAUUCGCAGGGCCAUCUCCCAGAGUGGCGUUGCUCUCUGCCCCUGGGGUGUCAACAAGAAUCCCCGUGCCUUUGCAGAGAUGGUCGCUGAGAAGGUGGGCUGCCCCAAGGAUGAUCAGAUGAUGACCUGCCUAAAACUCACUGAUGCUAGGGAUCUCACCCUGGCUGGCACCCUGCAACUCAACGGUUCCCCCUCCACCCCCAUAGUGGACAACCUUGCCCUCUCGCCUGUGAUCGAUGGGGACUUCCUACCCGAUCACCCGGGCAAACUGUUCCACAACGCAGCUGAUAUCGACUACCUUGCAGGGAUCAACAGCAUGGACGCCCACCUCUUCGCUGGCAUGGAUGUCCCCGACAUCAACGGGGUCAUUUCCGUUCCUGUGUCGGACGUGAAACUGCUCCUGGGUGCUUUGACCAAGAAGGGUGAGAAUGUUACCAACAGCGCUUUGGCCGAGUACUCAGCAGACUGGGGAACCAAGCCCAGCCAGGAGACUAUCAAGAAGACCGUGGUGGCCAUCGAGACCGACUACAUCUUCCUGGUUCCAACCCAAGUCUCCCUGUACCUACACGCCUCCAAUGCCCAGUCUGCUCAGACAUACUCCUACGUGUUCUCUGAGCCCAGUCGCUUGGCCGGGGCCGUCAAGCCCUACCCCAGCUGGAUGGAGGCCGACCACGCCGCCGACCUGCAGUAUGUGUUCGGCAAGCCCUUCACCACGCCACUGGCAUACUGGCCCAGGCACCGAGACGUCUCUAAAUACUUUAUCGCCUACUGGACCAACUUCGCCAGGACCGGAGAUCCCAACCAAGGAGAGUCCAAGGUGCCCGUGACCUGGCCUGCAUACACCCUGUCUGGGCAGAAGUAUCUGGAGAUAAACUCUAAAAUGAAUAAGAACUACGUCCAUGAGAAGAUGAGGGUGCGCUUUGUUAACUGGUGGUCAAACAUCUUGCCCAGCCUGCCCUCUGAAUGAUGUCAUUUCCCCUGAGUAUGGAUGCAUCUUAACAUUAUCACAGCACAUUCGUAGUGACACAGAUUGGUCUGGUCAUGCCACAAAUGUAUCACAAUAUAUAUUUCUGAUUGUUUCUGAUUUCUCAGACAAGGCUACUUGAUGAUCCUUUUUACAGUUCACCAGUAACAUUUUCAAAAAUUAUCAUAAAUGAACUUCAUGAACUCUACUAAUUAAAAUAUUUUUUCAAGGCAGAUGUUGAAAGAAAUUUGAAUAUUGGGGUGAACCUAUUCUUCCAAGCUCAGAAUUCAAAAUUCAAAGUGGAGUUUUUCUUCUCUAGUGUUUUAUUUUUUUUAUGCCAGCAGAGAUCACGGAUGCUUUACUGGAGAAAUCAAAUGUAUUUCAAUCAGCGAAUAUGGGUACACAGUUGUUGGGAUGAAGUAGCAGUUAAAACACCAGCCUAUAAAUUGAGCAACUCAGAACCAAUAUGGUUGAUUUUAGGGCCAACAGACAUUGAAAUUCAAUAAAAUGUUUUUGUAAUUGAAUUCAAUUACAAUUGGGACUUGUAUGUCCCAAUAAUUUCAUCUUUACAAAUUCAAUAUGUAUAUGUUCAUGUUCAAUAUG